AUGUCGACAAAAUCUCGAAAUGAUGACGAUAAAUGGAACGACGCUUGGGAAUCGACGGUGGCGAUCGAAGAAAUCGAUGUGGAGGUAAAGGCGUUCGUUGAGGAUAUGAACGAGCAUUGGAACGAGAGGAGAGGGAAGAGUGGGAAAGAGGAGAAGAAAGAGAAGAAAGAAGAUCAGAUUAAAGAAGAUGAAUCGUCGCCUUAUAGUUUGAGACGAUGA